AUGAGAAGCUUCUUCAAAAAAAUAAAGGUGACCAUUUUUAUUGAAGAUAUUAAUGACAACGCACCUAUUUUUGACAAGCCUUCAAUAAGUUUGACCAUUUCUGAGGCUGUGUUAGUGGGAACAUCUAUCACAAUUGAUGGGGCCAGAGACCGCGAUACAAGUGAGCAAUAUUCUCUCCAUUCCUACAAUGUCACACCGAGUACUUCGCCUUUCUCCAUCAAAUUUUUGAAAAACUUGGAUGGUACCUCUAUUGUCCAACUGAUGGUGAAGGAACCUCUAAACAGAGAAGUACAGGAUUUUUAUCAAAUAACUGUCAUUGCCAAAGAUGGUGGUUCCCCUCCCAAAUCAGGAACUCUCCAAGCAAAUAUCUCCAUCUCUGACAUAAAUGACAAUUCACCAGCUUUUGGUAGCUCCUCCUACAACAUCACUGUGCGUGAAGACAUUAAUGUUUCCACAGUGAUAAUGGUAGUUUCAGCAUCAGACAAGGAUCAGGGUCGAAAUGGGGAGAUAAUCUACAGGCUAAGUCCGCACCAGGAAGUGACCAAUCUACAACAUUUCAGUAUCAACAAUCGGACCGGUGAGCUCUCUGUGAUCAAACCCAUCCAAUAUGUACCUGGUCAAGUGUACAAAAUCAUUGUAGAAGCAAGCGAUAGAGGUGACCAACCCCUGACUUCUCAAACGUUUGUCCAUGUAUCAGUCAUUGAUGUUGGAAACAGUCGUCCAGUCAUUACAACUAAUCUCCUUAGCGGCCUUGACAUUGCAAAGAUCUCUGAAUUUGCUGACCUUGGAGCUGUUGUUGCUCAUAUCGCAGUGGAGGACCCAAACUCGGGACGAAAUGGUGAGAUUGACUGUUGGGCUGAAGCAGAUGCCUUUGCUUUACAGAGACUUGAUGCUAAAGAGUUCAAAAUUGUUGUCAGUGAGAGUCUUGACAGAGAAAUACGAGAACAACAUGAGGUCAAGGUCACAUGUCAAGACAAUGGUACUCCGCCUUUGAACGACAGUGACAGUUUCAUUGUGAUAGUUGAUGAUGUGAAUGACUCAACUCCUGUAUUUUCACCGCUGUCCUACCAUGAGGAAGUUUUCGAAAAUAAUAAUUUCGGAGAAGUGCUGGUUCAAGUACAUGCUUCAGAUGGUGAUAUCGGCCACAAUGCCAUGGUGCUGUACUACAGUCAUCCUGACAACCAUUUUGUCAAUGUUGAAGCCUUGUCAGGGAUUAUUAGGGCUAAUAUGUCAUUUGAUCGCGAAACUACUCCCACUAUCGAAUUUGAGGUACUUGCCAUCGACCAAGGCAUACCUGCCAAGACUGGUACCGCCACUGUGACCUUGACCAUCAAAGAUGUUAACGAUGAAGCACCUAUGUUCAGUAAACCAGUUUUUGUGUUUGAAAUCUCCGAAAACAAACAUGCUGGAACAAAUGUGGCUCAAAUCGUUGCGACAGAUCGUGAUGAGGGAGACAACUCUAAAAUUGCUUACUCCAUUGUAUCAGGCCAAAAUCAGAAGAUUCCAUUUUUCCUUUUUCCUAAUGGACAAAUAAAAAGUGAUCAAGAACUUGAUCGGGAAGAACAGAGUGUUUAUGACUUCAUUGUCCAAGCUGAAGAUCUGGGACGACCAUCAAAAAACAGCUCAGCACGUGUGAAAGUUAUGGUUAGGGAUGAAAAUGAUAAUGUGCCAGUUAUCACAGCUCCUAGUACUACUAAUAACAGCAUAUCUCUUUCCUUGAACACUGAGAUAGGAACAAGAAUCACAAUCAUUAGAGCAUUUGACUUGGAUGAGAAAGAGAAUGGAUUAAUCAGAUACUUUAUUACACAACGAAAUGAUUCAGACUUGUUUGAAUUAAAUGAAAAAACAGGAUCACUGAUUUUGAAAAGGAAAAUUUCACAGAAAGCUGGAGAAACCAUAGUAUUGGAUAUCAUGGCUUCAGAUCAGGGGAAACCACGACUCACGUCAACACGGAUGUUAUUUAUAAAAAUUACCUCCCCUACUUAUUUUACAGACACCAUACAACGAAAUGUCAUCAUUGUCAUUAUUUUAUUGGCUGUCACAGCCAUUUGUUCAGCCGCCAUUAUUAUAAUAAUUUGUGUCUUACGACGAAAUGAUCGUGAAAGGAAAGACAAAGAAAAGGAGAUAUAUAAGCAGGCAACAUCAUUGGAGGGCGGUGUCAGUGUUUUUUCUCUCCCCGGUGAUGAUUCCACCCUGGGGGAGAAAAAGAAAAAAAAGGAAGUGAGUUUUUCCCUUGAUGAUGAAGAUAUGCUUCAAAUAGCAGACCCAAAUCAACUCUCUGCAAAAAACAACAACCUGGGAUUGGAAAAGCCUUUCGAAAGCAAGAAUUUUCCUAAGAAACAGGAUGACAAUCACAGUAUUGUGUCUGGAGACACAAAUGCAAGCGACAGUGGGCGUGGAGGCAGUGACGAUGAAAAUCAUGCUCCGAAACCCCCACACACCACAAGUACAUUCCAUGACCCAAUUCCUCAGAAAUCGUGGUUUGAGUUCCAACGGCCACAAAAUCGGGAGAUGCAAACAUUUUCUUUACAUCGCCCUGGUCCAGGAUCUCCUUCAACCAGCUCCAAGCCUGCAAGUUACCGGGACUUUUUGCCAAGUCCUGUCUCCAAUGUACAAAUACAUGUAACUGCAGAGAAAGCUCACCGGCCAAAAAAUGGCCUCAAUAACAUUUCAUUUGAUUCUGGCAAAUUCUCGCCUGCUCCAACACUGGACAUUUCACAGGACUAUCGUGAUUGUGUGGUAUGA